UCUUUUACUUACUUUCCGUCUUGUAUGGAUGAGGCAUUGAAUAAGUGAAUUUUAAAACAGGGGGUUAUUUUGUUACUAGGGGGUAUUUUACUGUUGUAUUUGUCUAUACAAAUCGGACAAAAUUCCGCCCAAAGGAAAGAAGGAUACUAGCUUUCCGGAGGUUUCUGUUGUGGGUGGUUUUUCCUUGAGGUUCUAUAUUGAGUGCCCCGAGGGCUUCUGCAGACUUAAGCAGAAGUUCGACUUCAACGCAGAACCACCGUGGGAUCCCAGCUAGUAUCGGUUGAGUGCAGGUGUUUCCUCUGGCCAGAUUGUUUGUAUAACUUUUGAUAAUCAUGAAGAAAUACAUUGGUAAUAAUUGUACUGUUCAAAUGACUACCUAUGAACAAUCCAUCAGAAGCUUUGUAGAGGAGAAAGCUGAACUCCAUGACACUGAACAAAAAGAGGAGGCUUUCUUCAUUGGUGACCUUGGGGAUAUCAUCACAAAGUACCAGGUCUGGAAAGAGAUGCUGCCCAGAGUCAUGCCCUUCUAUGCUGUGAAAUGCAAUGACGACUAUGCUGUCCUUAAGCUGUUGGCAGACAUGGGAACUAAUUUUGACUGUGCUAGCAAGGCUGAGAUUAUGAAAGUUCUGGAUUUGGGAGUUGAUCCCUCCAGAAUCAUCUAUGCCAACCCAUGCAAGCAGAACUCCUAUAUCAAGUAUGCAGCCAAGAAGCAUGUGGAUAUGAUGACUUUUGACAAUGAGGAUGAGCUACAUAAAGUCAAAACCUGGUUUCCAGAGGCCAGGCUGGUUCUGCGAAUUCUACCUCCAUCUAACUUCAAGGUUCAGUGUGAGCUUGGGAACAAAUAUGGAUGCCAUCCAGACAAAGCCUGUGCCCUUCUGGAGGUUGCACGCAAUCUUGGGCUAAAUGUCAUGGGAGUCAGUUUCCAUGUGGGCAGUGGAUGUGAAGAGGCAGAAGCGUUUGCCGUAGCCAUACAGCAGGCCCGUACUGUCUUUGAUAUUGGUCUGAACAUGGGAUUCAAUAUGACCUUGCUAGACAUUGGAGGAGGAUUUCCAGGACAACAGUCUGCACCAGUUCCUUUCAGUGCAAUUGCCGGCAUUGUCAAUGAGGCCUUGGACCACUACUUUCCAGCUUCAGAGGAUGUGGAGAUCAUUGCAGAACCAGGGAGGUACUUUGUAGCUUCAGCCUUCAUUCUCACGGUCAACAUCAUAGCCAAGAGGGUAGUGACCAAAGAAAAGACCAAUGAUGAUGACCCCGUGGACACCAAGGGACCAGUCAUGAUGUACUAUGUUAAUGAUGGAGUCUAUGGCUCAUUUAACUGCCUUCUGUUUGAUCAUGCUAAGGUGGAAGUCAACACUCUUCAGGGAAGUGAACUAGAGCAGUGCUAUACCAGCAGUGUAUGGGGACCAACCUGCGAUGGGCUUGACUGUAUUCUGGAGGAAUGCUCCCUCCCAGAGCUCCGUGUGGGACACUGGCUGUUUUUCAAGGACAUGGGGGCCUACACCAUGUCUGCAGCUUCAACCUUCAAUGGCAUGCCUCCACCCCACAAGUACUACUUGUGUGAGCAAACUCUUUGGAAUACAGUGUACCCUGAAAAAGUGAAGAAGAGCAGCUACAUCAAGAAGAUUCCCCCAAUGAUGACCGGACAUUUGGUGGAUGAAGCCCACGACUUUGAUGACCUUUUUGGUACUUCUCCUGCUACUGAAGCUUUGGUUGGAUCACCAUUUGGAUUUUAAAGAUUGAAAAACUUUGGCAUAUUCAUCCAUGAUUUCUAGAUAUUGAUUGUCAAGAGUUAUGCACUCAAUGGAAACACCUGCACUUAAUCAAUAUACUGGUCAGAAUUGGAGACUGAGUCACGAGUAUCCGUUUCAUUUGUGUGGUGAGAAAGAUACAGGAAGAUUUCGGUUUCCUCUAGUCAAAUAAAUUUGUCGUAAAUAUGUUA